UAAUUGAAAUGCUGAAACGUUCUAUGAAUAUCAGAAACAUAUAGAAGAGCCGCAGAAAAAAAUUUGAACUCUUGAUUCCUUUUCUUGAAAGAGUUAUAAAACUUUGAAUUUUUUCCUAUUUUACUGGAAAAAUAAAAUAAUUCCAUAACUUCUGAAAGAAGCGGCCAGGGUCCAAAUUCUUUUAAGGCUUUUUACUAGCUCAUAUCUACUAUCGAUCGACAUAUCAGUCAUUGAAAUCAGAGGACACCAAGCUGUCUAGAGAGAUCCGAUUUAGCUAUCUUAUGGAAUAGAUCUAAUUCAAUAGUACGUUUCAGCUUACUAAUUAAUUGGAGUGAAGUUCCUCAUAGCAAUUGCAUGAGGAUUGCUUUUCACGACUAAAUCAUGCGAAGACGAGUUACACGUCAGACCACAAGUCUAUAUCAGAAGGUUUUUUUUCUAGAUUCGAGGACGUUAUACAGCCUCUCCAAUCCUCGAAGCUGAUUUAGAUCUUAAAAAAGAUCUUGUUAUUGGUGAAAAUCAUCGUCGAGUCGCAAACAAUCUACUCUUCUGUAUUCAUCGUAUGAAAAAAUUAGCCGUCACAACAAAAGAACGUCAACAAUUUACACUGGACAAUCGUUGUUCUUUGUCAAUUAAAUUUGCUGAAAAUAGCAUUAUUGAAAAGCGAAAAUAUCGAGAAAAGAGAUAA